AAACAUUACCAGUAAACAUAGAUUUUUAUCAGUCUGGAAUGUCAAAUCUUCAUGCCUGGAUCAGGUGCAUGGAAUGCAUAUUGCAUAUUUCAUACCGCCUGCAAGUCAAGAAGUGGCAAAUACGAAGUGUAGAAGAAAAAUCCCAAUAUGAAGAUAGGAAAAAGAUGAUUAAAAGAAAACUAAAAGAGGAAAUGCACAUAUUAGUAGACAUUCCGAAGCCAGGUUUUGGUACAACAAAUACUGGAAACGUAGCGAGAACAUAUUAUGAAAAUUAUACUACAACAGCCAAUAUUACAGGCGUAAACCAAGAAUUAAUUAAAAGACUUGGUGUUAUUUUAGUUGAUUUGCCAAGUUAUAGACAAAUUAGUCCCAAUUUAUUUCAAGAGUAUGCAAUGGAAACAUUUAAUCUAUACGUUACAGAAUAUAAUUGGUUUUACAUGCCAUCAAGUUUGCAUAAAAUUCUAUUUCAUGGUGCAGACAUAAUAAAGUGUGCUGGUUUACAAAUUGGAAUGUUUUCAGAAGAGGCAAUGGAGGCAAGAAAUAAAGAUUUUAGAAAUAUCAGAAACGAUCACGCGAGAAAAUUUUCACGACUAGAAACAAUGACAGACCUUUUUCACACGUUAUUGUAUACAUCCGACAUUUUAAUAUCCUCAAUUUCGGCGGAAAACCGCAAAAUUUGUAAAAAACAUACACGUUUUGAUAUUUUCAAUGACGAAAUUGAAAGAUUAAUGUUAAAAGAAGACCUCCAAGACGAUGAUGAUUCUUCAUAGACAAUAAAUUUUAGAUAAAUAAAUUAAUCAUUUGUUUGAAAAGCCUGAACAGCUAGUUUUCAAUUAUUGUACAUUAUUUACAUGUCAUCGCUAUUUUUUAGGCAUUUCUGAUGCUCUGGC